GGCGUGCUGUACUCUAUUGUGAUCGAGCUCGGCAACAUAGAAGAGUUCUCCAACGGAGGCCUGGGCAUGUCGUACAGGAUGUGGAUGGACAUCCGGCCAGAGCUCCUGCUGUCCGUCAUGCUGCCCGUCCUCAUCACGGGGGACGCCAUGACCAUCGACACCUCGGUCGCUCGGCGGGUGGGCAUGCAGUGCCUGUACCUCGCAG